AGCAGACUGUCUCCCCAAGUGGUUCGCGACAGGAAAUAAAAAGACGGGAACUGGGUUUAGGAAGUUGAAGGAGAAGCGAGUUUACCUGCAGCUCAGGUGCGUUUGGAAAGCUGACCGUCAAGGAGUGGCAGAGAAGGAGGGCGCGCGCAAAAAGAGAAGAAAAAAAAAAGAGAGAGAGAAGCAAUCUGGAAAAGUUACGGAUGCAAACGUGCCCCUUGACACACACCGAGACACCGGAGCGAUUCAUCCAGUGUUAAGAUUUAAAAUACCGUUUAACUACCAGGAGAGGAAACAUCCGCAACAAUGAAGAAAUCUUCAUAUCCAGCAAGAUCAGCCAGCGCUCGAACAAGAAGAACAGAAAGAGAGGGAUCUGGCAUCACCAGUCCCACGUUGAAACGGUCGUUUGAGGUGGAGGAGACAGAUACAUCCACACACCCCUCGCCCCUGUCCCGUCGGACCACCAACCCUCUCCGUUCAUCCACCUCCUCCACAUCCAGCCAGCGGAGCUACGACCUGAGCUCCCGCAACUCUGACUACUCCUCUUCCAGAUCUUCCCCCUCUGAGUCCUCCAAUCCACGCUCCCCAAAGACCGGCAUGAGGCGCAUUGAAUUAUCCGGGGGUCGUAACCCUGACAUAGCCUCGUCCCGCCGCACGGAGAUCUCCAUUGAGGUCUCCUCCAAACAAAUUGACAACUCACCCAGCGCUGGCAUCGCCCGCUUUGGCCUCAAACGACCUGAGGUCAGCCUGAGCAGUCGGAGCACCCCCCUGGACAGCUCCUCCAACUCCAUCUCCAGCUCCACAAACAGGCGGGCAGAGCUUAGCAUGACACGGUCCCAUGAGCCCCCUGCCCCUCCUAGGAGGAUGGAUGCCCAGCUGUCCUCUGCCCCAGUCUCUAGGAUCCCUGAGCCCCCCCAGAGAAGAGCAGAGCCCCCGUCUCCUAUCCUGAGCCCAGCAGAGGGGGCCUCCAGGAGGCCAGAGAUGCCUGUCUUCAGACAGCCGGACGGCUUGGUGCCAGGCAGUGCAAUGGAGAACAACAACCACCCGCCACCUGCACCUAGUGCUCCCCUGCCUUCACUCUCAGAGCCCCGGGUGGAGAGGGUGCAGUCGCCUGUCAUGGAGGCGCCCACAGCCCGACCAACAGACAGGCCAGAGGUGAUUUCCAGCUACAGCGGCAGUGCCAUGUCUGAGGCGGCAGUGCCCGAUGCCAUGGUGUCCACAGCAGUGGGCGGUCUGUACGGGGAGAAGGCCAGUGGCCCCACCGUGGACUUCAGUUACGUGGGUAUUGAUGCCAUUCUGGAGCAGAUGAGGAGGAAGGCCAUGAAGCAGGGUUUCGAGCUCAACAUAAUGGUUGUGGGACAGAGUGGCCUGGGAAAGUCUACUCUGAUGAACACACUGUUCAAGUCUAAAGUCAGCCGUAAGUCAGUGCUGGCUACAAGCCAAGAGAAGAUCCCCAAAACAAUCGAAAUCAAGUCUAUCAGUCAUGACAUCGAGGAGAAAGGAGUGAGAAUGAAGCUGACAGUCAUUGACACACCAGGCUUUGGAGACCAGAUCAACAAUGAGAACUGCUGGCAGCCCAUCAUGAAGUUCAUUAAUGACCAGUACGAAGCAUACCUGCAGGAGGAGAUCAACAUCAACAGGAAGAAAAGAAUCCCAGACUCCAGAGUUCACUGCUGCAUAUACUUUAUCCCCCCGACGGGACACUGUCUGCGGCCUCUUGAUGUAGAAUUCAUGAGACGUCUCAGUAAAGUGGUCAACAUCGUCCCAGUUAUUGCCAAAGCGGAUACACUCACCCUGGAGGAGAGGGACUUCUUCAAAAAGAAGAUCAGGGAAGAGCUGCGAGCCAACGGGAUUGACGUGUACCCUCAGAAGGAGUUUGACGAGGAUGCAGAGGACAGAAUGAUUAACGAGAAGAUUAGGGAGAUGAUCCCAUUUGCCGUGGUGGGCAGUGACCAGGAGUACCAGGUCAAUGGCAGGAGGCUGCUGGGGAGGAAGACCAAGUGGGGAACCAUUGAAGUUGAGAACAUAGCCCACUGUGAGUUUGCCUAUUUAAGGGAUCUCCUCAUCAGGACCCAUAUGCAGAACAUUAAGGACAUCACCAGCAGCAUCCACUAUGAAAUGUACCGCGUGCGGCGCCUCAAUGAGAAUAACACAGUGGUGGCUCAUGCCAAUGGAAUCCCAGAGCAUCAUCUUGCCGCCCACGAGAUGUAGAUGCCACCUGCCCCCACCGCAGUUGACCUCACCUGGGUAUAAUUCAUUUGCUAUGAGACUCUGACCUUCAUUGACAGCCUUCCCACCACUCCAGCCCCCCAUCACACAGGUGGGAUAGAAACGUAAAAAGCCUGCCAGAGGGACUUUAUUUUCAAUAUUUUUCGGCGGCUCAAUGGACAGUUCAUGUCAGUUUAUUGCCUUGUUAACAAACACUAUCCUCUUACUAUCGCUGACAAAGAGAGUGAAGAGAAGUUUGAUUCUUCGUAAUGCGCUGCAGCUUGAUUUUACCUGCUUCCAGAUCUUACAGUUAACCUUGGUGGUUUUUACUUGUGCCAAACACUCAGCAUCUGCCAAACAGAAACAGACUGACACGCAGUAUGUAUCAGUCAGAACUGCCUUAAUUAGCAACAUGUUAAUCUUGUCCACUUUUACUUUUUUCACGUUUGAUAUUUUUUAGCAGUGCUUAUAAGAAUUUCUGCAGUAACAGAAGCACAGUUUUCUGUCUCAAUGCACACAGCUGUAUCAACGUGUGUGGGAAGUUAUGAUAUUCAUUGUUGCACUUCACCCACAUCAUCGUCUUUCAGUGACAAAGCACGUUGGAGAAGGGCUAGGCAGCACUUUGCCAACAUGUGACACACAUACAGUCAUUCAGCUCUCGCCCAAUAGUUAAACAACAAAAAGGUUAUCAAAUAGCACAUCAUAUGCUUGAGUUUAUCUUUUUUGUCACAAGCUGUGUUUUGCUUUAACUGUUUGUUAUAUGUUUGUGUCAUGUUAAAUAUGGAUGUCAGGUCCCUGAUAUCUUUUUAAAUUCCCAGUAAUAAAUAUCAUGGUUUAAUAAUAGAAAUAUCUUAAGAGUGAUCUAAGAUGAAUAAGUAUUUAUGCACGAGAUAAAAAUGUGAACUUAUUCAGAUUAUUCACACACUCAGACACACACACAUACUUUUCCUGCUUUUGGGCCCCUCAAUAUAGCCUUAUUUAUUGGAGAAUGUUGGCUGAAACUGGAAGGAGAGCAGGUUUGUGGGUGCCAAGUUAACUACAUUUACAGUAGAUAUUUUUCAAUCCUUUUCCCUUGUUUACCUGAGGGGGGAAAUAAAACUAGUCUUCCAUUGACCAGCCCACUUUUUCUUCUAUUUUCCAUAAUAUACCAAGGGUCUUUGUCUGUUUGAACCAUAUAUAAUUCCCUAAGCUGUCACUGUCAUGCUCUGUCCUGUAUAUUCUCCUGUGUUCUGAUAAAUUUUUUGUACUUGUAUUAUUGAUUAUAACAAAAUUUCCUUUAUCUUAUUUUAAAGAAAUAAAGAUUAAAGUUGUAAAUAUUUA